UGUUAUCCAUCCAGAGAGAUAGAGAUAAAAGAAAAAGGAAAAUUACAACAACAAUAUGGAAACUCUAGUUCUAUAAAUAUGCAGCAAUAGGGCAAAGCUUUCUACUACUCGGAAAAAAACAAAGCCUCUUAUUACUUUGUGCAACUCACUCUGCCUUCAUAAAAAUUCAUUAAGCUUCGUGUUCUCCAAGCAAAUCAUCAACAUCAUGUCUUUAUCUUCAAGAGCCAUUCUAGUCGUUAUGUGCUUUCUGUUCUUGUCGUCUCCACUCUUUACGUCGGCAACAACAACAACAGAUCAAACACUUCAGCCUCGAUGUGAAUCUCACAUUUUCAACAACGGAAAACAUUAUCGUUCAUGCAAGGAUCUUCCGGUGUUAGACUCGUUCCUACACUUCAGUUAUGCUCGAGAAACCGGAGUUCUCGAUGUUGCUUACCGUCAUGCCAAUCUCGAGUCUUCUAGUUGGAUCGCUUGGGCCAUAAACCCAACCAAAAAAGGCAUGUUAGGCGCUCAAGCUCUCGUGGCUUAUCGUAACUCAACAUCUGGCGUCAUGCGUGCUUAUACUUCAAACAUCAAUAGCUACGCUACUAUGCUUCACGAGUCUCCCCUUAGCUUUCGUGUAACACAAGUAUCCGCCGAGUAUCUUGAUGGAGAGAUGGCGAUAUUCGCAACAAUGGUGCUGCCUCCUAACACAACCGUAGUGAAUCACUUAUGGCAAGACGGUCCGUUGAAGGAAGGAGAUAGACUUGGGAUGCACGCUAUGAGUGGAGAUCAUCUCAAAUCCAUGUCUACUUUGGAUUUGCUUUCCGGACAAGUGACUGAGACCAAAACGGUUAAUGGAAACAUGUUGUUGGUCAAGCGAAUCCAUGGAUUGGUCAACACAGUGAGUUGGGGGAUUCUCAUGCCUAUUGGAGUUAUGGCUGCACGUUACAUGAAGACCUACGAAACAUUAGAUCCCACAUGGUUCUACGUACACGUCGUUUGUCAGCUCACCGGAUACUUAGCCGGUCUUCUCGGAGGUCUUGGAACAGCGAUCUACAUGGCACGGCAUACCGGGAUGAGAAGUACGGCGCAUACCGUGAUAGGGAUUUUAAUAUUCUGUUUAGGGUUCUUGCAGAUACUUGCGCUCAAAGCAAGACCGGGUAAAGACCAUAAAUACAGAACAUACUGGAACUGGUAUCAUCACACGAUGGGAUACGUGGUGGUUGUGCUGAGCGUGUACAACAUAUACAAAGGGUUUGUUAUAUUGCAACCUGGAAGUGGAUGGAAGAUCGCAUACACUGCUAUCAUCUGUGCUAUUGGAGCGUUUGCAAUUGUGAUGGAGAUCUUGCAGUUCAAGAAGAGAUGGGGUGGCUUGUUUGUGAAGAAAUCGGAAGACCUACAAGAAGCUAAUCAAAGUGCUUCUAAGAAGGAGAUUUUGAAGUUUAUGAACAGAUGGGGUGACAAGACACCGGAAGACCUAGAAGCUAAUCAAAGUGCUUCCACUGAAGUGGUCUAGUUUUAUUUCUUUUUCCAUGUUGCUGUCUCAGACAGUUCGUGUUGGACCAUUCUCUAUAUUUUUUUACGUGUAGACCAUUCAGUUAUAAUCAAUAAAAGUUGUUUUGGUUUAAUAAUCAAACAAGAAUUUAAAUGGACCAUAACUGUGGGGAACGAUUGCCAGUAACAUUUAAGUGAGGAACGAUUGUGUAGUUCGAGAAUUGGUUCAUAAAUAUAUUUGUAUAAAGACGAUCACUUAAUCAAAGUCCCUAAACUACCUAAACCCAUAAAGAAGGCUUUAACCUUUUUUUCUGGUCAGCUUAGAAGAUGUAAACGGAUUACAAGUACAGAUCAAAGCCAGAUAAUUUGUCCAAAUCCAAUAAAAAAUCAUGGUGGUUGGAUAGAGAGAUCAGAGACAAGACUGUAUCGUUGCUUUCUCCACAGAAGACCUAAAAGUUUUGGAAAGAAACCAGAAGAUCUAAAAGUUGAUCAAUCUGUUUACACUGAAGUCGUCUAGUUUUAUUAAAUUUUCUCUUACUUAUUUUAGCAUUCGUGUUGGCCAUUCUUUGUACACGAUACAGUUCUGAUCAAUAAAAUUUGUUGGAGUUGAAUAAUUUAAAUGGAUCAAACAGAGCAUUUAAAUUUAUGCAAAACUGAGCAUAUAAUUAGCCAUUAUAUUUUGGCUUUAUCGUGUAUUGAUUGAAAGACUGUGAUGAACAAGCUUCAUGAACAUACUCAACAUUAUGCAACUUAUUCAAUUCUUUUUGGUAAUCAUGUUAAAUAUUCAUUUAAAUUUUUUUCCUUACAAAAUAUGCUAUUUUCUUUUCAACCUCUAUGAAAAUUGCUGUGAUAAAGAUUUGAAAUAAAAGGAGAGAAAUCUAAUAGACAUCAAAGGUUUGUAAUUAGCUUAAUCUUGUUGUAUUUUUCUGGGACCUUCAGAUAUGAUCAUCACAAGGUCGGUGGCGGAGAAGAACGAAAACAAAAAAAGCGGUGGUAAGAAGCAAAGAUAAAGGGAGCGGCGGAUAUGAAAUUCAGAUUGAAAACUAUAAUAUAACGAAGAACAUCAUGAUCCCCUCAGGUUCAUUUGUCUCUUAUCCACAUACUUCUUCGCCGCUUCUAACCUUUCAAUCCUUUCCACCAUCUUAUUACUAUCCCUGCACCGCCGCCACCGUUGCCUGGGGGUUUCAGAACGGUCUCUUAUACCGUUAGAGUUAUGAUUAAGCCCAAUUGGCAAUAAUGUAUCUACAGUUUGCAAAAAUCCGUCUAUGAAUAAACUUUGGACCUUUGGUUUACAACGAAAUAAAUUUGGGCCUUUUCUGAUUGUUAUGAAAUUAUAAUUUUGCCAAAUACAAAUCAAUUCACAGUAAAAUGCAAAAAAUAAAAUAAAAUAAAGAUAAACAUAAAAAAUUAACAU